GGGGAUCCGGGCCGCGCCCCGCCCAUCGGCCCGCCCCGCGCACCGAGCGCACCUCUCCCGCACACAGCGCCCCCUGGUGGACGGAGGGCGAGCGUGCAGAAAGCUCCCGCUUAAGCCUGGGGAGGAGGCCGGGGAGAAGGGUCAGGGUUAGGGUGAGGUUUAGGGUGAGUUUUAGUUUAGGGUGAGGGUUGGGUUGGAGGUUAGGGUUAGAGUGGGCAGUGCGGAGUGCACGCUCUCAGCAGCACGGGGAGCCCAAGGCGCCAUUCCCUGCUCCAGCUGUCCUUCCCUUGUGAUGCAGCCAUCUUCGCAGUGCUUCUGACCACACAAACCUCAAAAGGGGGUUCGGUUUUCCAGCCUGCCCUUCUGUGGUGUGCAGUGCGCUGCCAUCACAGCCCGCAAGGGGAACGGUGAGGGGCCAUGGGGACAGCAGCGGCGCAGAGGGGAGGAUGGCCGGGAUGAGCUCAUGGAAGCAGCCAUCCCCCACCCACUGCCAAGCCGUUUUGUGCUUCUAUCCAGCAAAAAUUCACCCCAGCCCCAGCUCUGGGAGCAGCACUCACAACUGACCUGGAGGAACUAUGGGCCCUGUGACUUUGGGCCCCAUCGUGACUUCAGUGACCAGUCACAGAAUAAUCCUGCUCUCCCUCAAAGGGCUGGUUUUAGCUCUUUCAGCCCUUUUCCUUCCUUUUGUGUGUGCGUGCGUGUGAUAAGCAAAGGACAAACUCCUGUCUGAGCUCUUUCUCCAUGGAGCAGGACUGCUCAGAGGCUGAAGCAAUGGGGAGCUCUCAGCUGGAGGUGAAGGUCCAGGCAGGGACUUCUCCUUCCCUUCCCUCCCUGGCCGUACCAGAGAAGCACAGCUUUUAUGUAUGACACGGCCGUGGUGCCGUUCAAAGAAGACACAGAGUGGCCCAAGCUACAGCGUUGUGUGCCUGUUGGCUCCUCUGUUUCCUGAAAAGAAGAUGGCCAGCCUGAGGGUGGGAGUCACUUGGCUUUGGGAGCACUGGGAUGUGCCCCCACGGCGCUGUAACUGAAAAUGACAGACACGCAAAGGACAAAUUAGUGUAUUAAAAGGUCUGUCGUUUAGUUCUGCAAGUCAUAUGAGGAGUGGCUGAGGGAAGUGGGAAUCUUAAGACUGGAGAAGUGGCUCAGGGGCACCGUCGUCAUUCACUCCAGCGUCAGGGGAGAAGCCCACCCCUCACCUGUGGGCACGGCAGCUCAGCAACACCAGGCCCUGCCCACCAUGGGGAUGCGACCCCCCCUCAGGUUGGUGUCCUUCUGCUGGCUCUCAAGACAGGGGCACACUGGAGUGGUCCCAGGCAGGGACUGCCCCGCAGGCCCAGCCCUUUCCUGCCUGUGAUGCCUGCAUGCCACCCAGCCCUGCCUGCAUCCUGUGCCCAUUUACAUUUACAUGCUGCUGCAACUGACGGCUGCAAUUCUUGGCUGCUGCAGCAAUGGAAGUAGAUCUAUACCUCCUUGCCGGGCGAUACAACGGCUGCUCUGAAAGUAACGCCUCCUACUGUACGAUGUGAGUGCACGACAUCGGAGGCGGAUGUCGGUGGGAUGGCAGUAGAGGUUGAGCCUUCCCGCCUAUAUUCCGUGACAUUCUGUUGUCAUACGAGAGAUGGCAGCGGAGGGGAAGUCUGAGAAAAUGGCGUCGUCUGACCUGGAAGUGCGUUAAAGCAAAUGUGGGUCACUGAAUUCAUGCAUGCAGAAAAAAGGCGCCUACUGACGUUCAUCAACGCUUGCUGAACAUUGAUGCAGACGAAGCAGCGGCUGUGAGCGCACUGAGGUGGUGGGUGGUGCGUUUCAGCAGUGACGGCAGCAACAGUGCGUCGUUGGUGGUGCGGUUUCUGUGAAUGGAGCCAUUUAUUGCAACGAGAGGUAAUCAGCAGCAAACAACCACAAAGUAAAGCCUCGAGAACAUCACGGGAACACGGAAACACUUGACUGGGAUACUGAUGGAGCCACGGGCCCGGCAGCAUUCAGGUGGGGCCAGGAGGCUGGAUGUGUGGCCCAGUGCCUUCAGCAGCACCAACACGCCGGGUUCCUGCGGGGCUGCGUCCGGCACCGGGCCCCUCACUCUGCGCUGGCUGCAGGAGCCGCCGCCCUCCUGCUGGGGUGCCCUCACCCCUGUGACGUGUGAUGGCGUCACCGAGGGUGUCAGAGAGGGGCCAUUGUGACGCAUGGGGUGUGGAGCAGAGCUCAGGCUGCGGGGCUCAGGCGGAGCUCAGUGCGACUUGGUGAGGUUGGCACGUGGAGGAGAAAGCCCAGCACUGAUGGGACAGACACUCCGCAAGUGGUUGCCGUCAACGCGCACGGUGUGCGUGGAGACACAGGAGGCCGCCGGCUCGAGGGAGCCUGCAUGCGUGCUCUGUGGCCGAGUGGAUGAGGACUCGAGCAUCCUUGGGCACAAAAAAGAGCUCGGUGGAUUCUAUUUCCAUGAGUUUUGUGCGAUGUUUGCCAAUGAUCUCUGUGAACAUGUGGAAGCUGGCAGAAUGGCACAAUUUUCCAGAAAAGACCUGAUACGCACAGUGAGGCAGGCAGAGCAGACGCUCUGCUUCGUCUGUGGCAAGACAGGGGCCACCAUCACCUGCGCAGCGUUGGGCUGCGACCGCAGCUUCCAUCUCCCCUGCGCCUCGGAGGGCCAAUGUGUCACCCUGUACAUUGGAAAGUUCCGGUCCUUGUGCUGGGAGCACCGCCCGCAGCAGGCAGUGGAGGCAGCGCCGGCGCAGGACACGACCUGCAUCAUCUGCAUGGAGCCCGUGGGGGACAGCAGGUCGUACAGCACCAUGGUGUGCCCAUCCUGCCAACACGCCUGGUUCCACCGGGCCUGCAUCCAGGAACAGGCCAUGCGUGCCGGCAUCUAUUGCUUCCAGUGCCCCCUCUGCAGAGACAGGGACUGGUUUCUUCGAGACAUGGUCACUAUGGGGAUCCGAAUCCCAUUCAGAAAACCAACAUGGGAGGACAACAAUGCCUAUGCAUCCCUGCGAAUUCGACACGAUCGCUGUGAUGCCAGCAGCUGCCUUUACCCACGCGGCAGGGAGCGGGCAGAGAGAGAGGGGCCCUGGCAGCUGCUCCUCUGCAGCUCCUGUGCUGCACAAGGCACCCAUCGGCGCUGCUCCUUCUUGAGUCAGGGCACAGCCAGCUGGGAGUGCAACGCCUGUGCUGGAGAGGGCACCGCCUCCGGCAGCGGUGUGGACAGAGCUGGCCCCAGCACCGCCAGCCAGCAGGGACUGCCGCCUCUCAUAGGCCCCAUAACAUUGGAGAGCAGCAGCACCUCCAGCACCACCAGCACCACCAGCACCACCAGCACCACCAGCACCUCCAGCACCUCCAGCACCUCCAGCACCUCCAGCACCACCAGCACCACCAACACCACCAGCCAGGCACCGUCGGGGCCAGCUCACGUUCCCAAGGUGCCUGAGAGCGGCGUCCCGCCUAACCAGCACAGGACAAAAUGGCGGAGAAUCUGCACACGUUUACAUCGCAUUGACGAUGAAUGGAACGAGCCCCAAGAAUGCUGCGGGAGCAGCCGUGCUGCAGCCCUGCUGAGCGUUGAGAGCAGCACCCCGAACUCUGCCAGCCAGGGUACAUCACGUCCCUCAAGGCACUCCCGUGCAGCUGGCUCCAGCCACCGGCGCAGACGGGGACAGCAGGAUCGCACAAGAAGCCGCUCUCCGCUGCAGCGCCAGGCCGCAGGUUCCCCGAGCCAGCCCCAAAGGCACCGUGGGAGCAGGCAGGCACCAGCCCUUAGUGAUGAGAGCGGCACCCACAGACACACAGGACAAGGAACACCGAGGUCCUCAAGAGUUUCCGCAGCGGCUGCUGGAAGCCGGUCCAGGCAGCCAGGGCGGGCCCGGACUCGAAGCCGCUCGCCUCGUCAACAUCGGGAUGCAGACACCCGCAGCCAGCCCCACAGACGCCGCAGGAGCCGGUCCAGGCGGCGACGGCCAGCCCAGGGGCGAAGGCCGCUCCCGGGUACCACGUCGGGCCCGGAAUACCCACCGCCGGCCCCACUGAUGCUGUAGGAGCAGCCGUGUGCAAGCUCCACUUGCUAUCCAAAGUCAUCAGAGUCCAUCGCAAUAAAACACAGUUCCAUCAUGC